CGUCUCCCCCAAAAACCAUUUCUGCCUUCUGCACCUCCGCACGCCAUUUUGGCUCUGAAGUCCACAAUCCCUGACCUCGAGAAUCAUCUCAUUACAGUCCACACUCAUCCCCUCACAAUCUCCGGCAAAGGAGUCUCUUAAGUUGCAGUUAUAGUCCUCAUCCCAACGACUCGAGGAAGCUUAUUGAUGAGGUUCUUUGGAUUGUCGCAGCAGUAGAGUGAAAGAAAUCUACAGAUUAUCCGGAUUAAGGUUUCUGGGAAGAUGGGAAAUGAUGAUGUUGCCAAGUGCUCUCCGAUUGCAUCGAAAAAGAAUAAAUUGGCGCACAUGUUUUCGAAGGUUUUAUUUCACGGAGGCGCCGGGAUCACCAAUGAUGGAAUCGCGAGCGUGAAACCCGAGGAAAAGAAAUCGAAAGAUCCAUCCGAGAAUACUCAAGACGAGUUCCAAGAUGCCGUGACAAUGGAAGCAUUUUUUUCACAGAUAUUUGCGAGCAUAGCCGCCGUUAAAGCUGCGCGUACGCGCAACUUCAAUUCGCCCAAUCUCCGUAUGACCCGGACGGGAUUCAAUCCGCAGAUCGAAAGAUCGUUGCGGAGCUCAAGAAUUUGUCGGAGCUAAAGGAAAGUUACUUGAAUAAGCAAUUCAACGACCCGGACGUCGAGACAACUCUACUCUUGUCUGAACUCCGUGAGGCGAAGAGUAUUCAGCAAAUCUUCGAGAUCACUAUAAAGAAAUUGGAUUCAGAUCACAAACUCAAGGACUCCGAAAUCACCUUUCUGAAAGAAAAAUUAGCCGAGGCGAACGGGGAGAACAAACUGAUCGAAAAGAAGAUUUAUUCGAGCGGGCAGCUUGCCGUUCCUGACAAAAUUCAGCUGCAAGAUCUGAACCAGAAUUAUAUCAUCUCAUGUAUCCGUCAUACGGUGAAAUCCAUCCGAAGCUUCGGCCGCGGGUUGGAAUUUGGACAAAGCCGCAUCUGUAGUCGAACCCGGUGCCUUUUUCGGGGCGCCUGAGCAUCGAUUCUAUGCGUUCGAGUCGUAUGUCUGCAAACAAAUGUUCGACGGGUUCAACCACCCGGGUUUUGAAAUUGGGCGGGCGCCCGACCCGGAAAGCCAUUCCAAUUGUGCCCGGUUUCUCGAAGAGUUCGUCGAGCUCAAGUCUAUGCGGGCCGUGGAUUAUCUUGUUCGGGGGCCCGGCUCCGAAUUUGCGGCGUUUAGUCGCGCAAAGUAUAUGAGGCUGGUGCACCCGAAAAUGGAAGCGUCAUUUUUCGGGGACACGAGCCUGCGGAGGCUUGUUGAGUCGGGAGACGGUAUUCCGGAUUCGCCAUUUUUUGCAGCGUUCGGGGACAUGGCGAAGCGAGUUUGGCUUCUGCAUUGCUUGGGUCCGGCGUUUGAUCCAACUCUUUGUUGCGGGGAAGGGAAGCCAUUUUUCGGAGGUGUAUAUGGAGAGGAGGUGUAUAUGGAGAGUGUGUACGGCGACGAGGUGGUGAUGAUGACUGCGGAGCCGCAGGUGGCGUUCGUAGACUUGCUCAAACGGUUCAAACCGCCGAUUACGGUUUGUCAAAAUAUCAAACCGAAAUCGAACCUUCGAAUGACGGUUUCACCGCACUCGCACAAAGGUUCUCCUCUUCACGCCGCGCAGCCGCCCUCUCUUCCUUCGGACGACGCACAGCAUGUAUACGUCCUGCAAGGCAAAUACUGAAAUGUCCCAAUGCAUCACGUCAAUGUUUGCUUCAAGCCUUCCGAAGGUCUGUAGAAGCAAUUUAACCAAUGGAUUCUUGUCCAAUAAUUGCAAGCAAGCAGUGGUUGGUGGAAGAGAAGUUAGGAAACAAAGUCUUUCGCUUUCAAUGUCGAGCAGUGGUAUCAGAAAUCAAGUGGAAACUUCCCCCGAAGACAAAGGGACCGGCCUUACAUACAAGGAUGCUGGUGUUGAUAUCGAUGCUGGUUCAGAACUUGUUCGUAGAAUAGCCAAGAUGGCCCCUGGAAUUGGAGGUUUUGGAGGACUCUUCCCUUUGGGAGAUUCUUAUCUAGUGGCGGGCACAGAUGGUGUCGGAACAAAGCUUAAGCUUGCUUUUGAGACUGGCAUCCACGACACCAUAGGCAUUGAUUUGGUUGCCAUGAGUGUUAAUGAUAUAGUCACAUCUGGGGCGAAGCCUUUGUUUUUCCUUGAUUACUUUGCCACUAGCCAUCUUGAUGUUGAUCUUGCAGAAAAGGUUAUCAAAGGCAUAGUCGAUGGUUGCCAACAAUCCGAUUGUGCUCUUCUAGGGGGAGAGACUGCAGAGAUGCCUGAUUUUUACGCCAAUGGUGAGUAUGAUCUGAGUGGUUUUGCUGUCGGCAUUGUGAAAAAAGAUUCAGUGAUUGACGGGAAAAGCAUAGAGGUUGGUGAUGUACUUGUCGGUCUGCCAUCCAGCGGUGUGCAUUCAAAUGGAUUUUCUCUUGUUAGAAGAGUUCUUAGCCAAAGUGGCCAUUCUUUGAAUGAUAGUCUUCCGGGUUCAUCUGCUACGCUCUGUCAAGCUCUGAUGGCACCUACUGUGAUAUAUGUCAAACAGGUACUCGACAUCAUUGGCAAAGGCGGUGUGAAAGGGAUCGCCCACAUCACCGGUGGUGGCUUCACCGACAACAUACCCCGCAUUUUUCCAAAGGGCCUCGGAGCUCUCAUCUACAAGGACUCUUGGACGGUUCCUCCGAUCUUUAAGUGGAUUCAAGAGACGGGGAGAAUUGAAGAUGCAGAAAUGAGUCGAACAUUCAACAUGGGCAUCGGAAUGGUAAUGGUGGUGAAGGAGGAAGCUGCUCUGAGAAUAGUUGCGGAAAAUGAAGCAGCUCGUCGGAUAGGUGAGGUUGUAAAGGGUGACGGAGUGAGUUACCGAUGAAAAGGGCCCGCAAAAUCACCCGGAAAGGUUUUUUUGCGGGAGUGAAAGAGAUUGUAUCUAGCCUUUGAUUUCAUUCGCGUGAAGGAAAAAAUUGUCUAAAUCGUUCGGUUUCGUUCGCGGAGAGAGUCUAUGAUCGAUGGUGAAUCUGUGAUGGAUUUCGAAUCUAAAUUCCAAAUUUUAGGUUUAUUUCGUGCAAGGGAGAAACGGGUAAGGUGGAUGUUCGAUUCCUCAGCUUGCGAUGUUUUUUUGGUGUGAUGAUUUUGUUGGUUGAUUGCGAUAGUGCUAUUAGGAUUCACGAUCGAUUUCGGUAAGUAUUUCACUAUUGCUUCGACGAUUGUUGUCUUGUUUGCGAUUAUGAUUGCUUCUAAUUGUGUAUGACCUUUCGUUAAGAGGGUAUGUAUUCGAAAAAAUGUUUGUAGGAGCUGUUGCGAUUUCCUGCUAGUAUGCGUGGGUAUUUUCACGGAUA